UUACGCACGGUGCCAGACAGUCUGUUACACUUACAUACCAGCGGCCAGAUGAGGGAGACAUACGGCUUCGGGACAUGUCGAAGUAUCCCAAGUAAUUAAAAAAAAAAAACAAGAUUUCAUUACCUCUGUCUGCAGUUGGAAAUGCAACACAGCAAAGCGCGCGGCUGGCGUCGCUUCUGCUCGUUCGGACGCGUUUCUUUGAAGCUAAACGGGAACUUGAAGGGGAAGAUUUGCCACCCAGCUGCGUGCUGGGCGUUCAUGAUAAAGCGUGCGGAGCGUACAGUCCGUCAGUCAGCAGCCAGUGAUCCUGUCCAACAUCACUCUCUCCACUCAACUCCCAUCUGUCACGUCGCGUCGUCCUCCGCGCACCACCGAGCCGGACAGAGAGAGACAGAGAGAGAGUGGCACAGCUACUUUGAAAACCACCCUCACCCUCUUGCCCCCUCCUCUUCCUCCUGUUUCCAAAUGCUCUCCUUUGAAGCGAUGAUGCCCCAUCUGUCAUAUGUGAGCAAAGAGAGACCAUGCUCUGCUCUUCUCAAUUACUGAAUUCUCCUCAUGCCAGCUCCGGUGGGACAGGAGGAGGAGCAGGUGUGAAACUGAAGUCGCAUCAGAGCAGCAGGAAUCCUAAAUCUGUUUCAGCUGAUUAAUUGCAAACUGAGUUCAUUUUACUGCUAACAUUCGGACCGUACCAGAAAGAUACCCCUGAUCACCAAACAGUAACGCCACCCUGUCCCGGAGAGGGCAGCUUCAUUACCCCAUCCACCCACCCAAUUAGGAGACAGAUGGCGCUUCUGGCCAAUCAAAUCAUGGAUGGAAGAAUUCUCAGCAGCAUGAACGGGCGAGUGGAGCUCUCUCAGUUCCUAAGAAUCACCAAUCAGAGCAUCGUCUCCCAGGUUAAUUCUGCCCAAGACGACAGCCGCAAGAACAGGAAGUACCCCUGCCCGUUGUGCGGGAAGCGUUUCCGCUUCAACAGCAUCCUCUCUCUUCACAUGCGCACUCACACGGGUGAGAAGCCUUUCAAGUGUCCGUACUGCGACCACCGGGCUGCGCAGAAGGGCAACCUGAAGAUACACCUCCGUACUCACAAGCAAGGCAUCCUGGGCAAAGGCCGCGGGAGGAUUAGAGAGGAGAACARGUUGCUUCACGAGCUAGAGGAAAGGGCGAUACUCAGAGACCGACAGAUGAGAGCUGGUGUUGUUAGCCAACAACCACCGGCACUUUCUAACACAAACCAGCCUCUAAAGGUCGUACUGCCGACCCCGCCAGCCGAGCCUCAGUUCGUGAACAGUUCUGCUGCGCCGGAUCUCCAACCGCAUACCUCUCCUAAUGUGACUACCGUCUCCGAUGAGCCCAUCCUGMCACAAGCCACCAGCUUCCGCUGCUCAUUCUGCAAGGGAAAGUUCAGGAAGCAGCAGGAGCUGGAGCGCCACAUCAGGAUCCUCCACAAGCCGUACAAAUGCACUCUGUGUGAGUUUGCUGCCGCGCACGAGGAGGAUCUCAUCGGCCACGUUGAAACGGCGCACAUAACCGCCGAUUCGGGCGCAGGGCAGAAACUGUCAGUGGGAGUUAGCGACAAGGGGAAGUCCGUUGGUGAGUUCCCCUGUGAAGUGUGUGGCCAGACCUUCAGCCAGGCCUGGUUCCUGAAGGGUCACAUGCGGAAACACAAGGACUCGUUCGAGCACUGCUGUCAAAUUUGCGGCCGUCGUUUUAAGGAGCCCUGGUUUCUCAAGAACCACAUGAAAGUCCACCUCAACAAGCUGGCUGCCAAGAGUAACAUCCUAGCUGAUCACGACUCCUCCAUUGACUUAAGUAAUCUAACGCAGGACCAUCCAAGCAACCUCUACUCCCAGUACAUUUCCCGCUUUCACAACAGGUUCCAUAUGCCCGACAGAGCAGAUUUAUCAGAUUAUAGCCACAUGAUGGCCACAGCAGGUGCAGACAUUCAGGUCAGAGAGAUGCUAGGAAGGAUGAUUUCCUCGGGUUCCCUGACAGACGCGGAGAGUUCCUCUUUGUUUGGCUUAAACCAUCUCCACCCUCCACUGAGCUCCACCAGCAUGGACUAUCUUCAGAAGGUCAUGUCUAACAAAGAGGUUUUCAAAAACAGCGGCAGCUACGCAGGAUGGCAGAUCAUGGCACCCGGACUUUCCGUCGACCAGCAGAUGUUCAGGGCUAAAGAUCAACAGCAGCGGUGCUCUUCCUACCUGCCUGAGAGAUGUCUCCCUGUGGAUGAUGGGAAACCGCGCCUGGGUGAGCCAGACACCGAGGCCAUCAGCAGACCCGGGAGCCCAGGCAGUGUGAUCACAGAGAUGGGGAACUCCCACUCAGGCAGUACCCUUGACCAUCAGGCACAAUCUUCCCCUCCAGCUACAGGUGAGAAAGUCUACAGGUGUCCACCGUCCAGUGACUACACCGCCGCCUCCCUCAGCUUCCACCUGGAUCGCUACAGCUUCCCCCAUUGGCAGGACAGCAGGGAUGUUUCUCCUUCACUGCAGCCCAGCGACAGCAGCAGCCCCAAACCCAAGCUCAGACCCAGAUCUAGGGAGGACUGGAGCCCAGCUGCCGGUCAGUUUGUUGCUCCUGAGAGCCACUCUGAGAAAGUCCUUGUUGUGAACAAACAGGCUGAUCACACUGACAAGGAUGCAGGUGUAGACAGCUCUUUAUCUGCUCCACCCAGAAAGUCCCAGCAUGAACCUUUGGAUUUGUCCUGCAGGCCGGACUCUGUCCCGUCUCAUUCGGCCACRUCUCCCGCUGUGCUACAGAUGUCUGGCCUUUUUAAUAAUGGGCUCUCGUCCUCCAUUACCCGCCGGCUACAAACUUACUCCAGUGCACCAGCUGAACUCUGUGUGAAACCWGCGUACCACUGUGACCUUUUGGUGCAGGGAACAAAACAAGAGAUGAACCCGCAGAACGCGGGCUCCACGGYUCAAGACGACGAACGUGAAUUUGAGAAACCCGAGCAAGCGAGGGAGGACCAAAGCGACGAUGCCGACAAGUGGAAGAUGUUGAAAAAUGACGUCCUCGAGUCAAAGGAGCCGGGACAGUCCAGCGCUGACUUCGAGGCUCCCAGAGAGAAGAAUCAGAGCAAGAUGGGACAGUGGGGGAGAGUCGGGACGGAAUCUUCCAUCUCCUCUUUUGAGGGUUUGACCCCAGGAGCAGCAGAUCCACUCAUGCACCAGGGCGCCCUGCUCUCCUUCCUCAGAUCUCAGGGGAACCUGAACAGCACAUCAGCCGGCGCCCAGAAAGCCAGCGUGAACGGAAACGUGGAGAAAGACGCUGCUGCAGGACGGAAGCCGUUCCAGUGCAGGUACUGCCCCUAUAGUGCGUCACAGAAGGGGAACCUGAAGACCCACGUCCUCUGUGUCCACCGUAAGCCCUUCGAYAACAGCCUGUACCCCGACCGCCGCCUCAGACGCUCGCACGCACCCCAGGCACCUUCCAGAUCGUCUUUGAGCGUCACGGGAGACAACCGCGAAUCAGGCAGAGACCAAAUSGGUGUGACAUCGUUGUGUGGGACUUGAUGUUGUCAUAGCAACUGCAGAUACAGACAGUCCUGAUUAGUGUUUUAGCCUCACCUUGAAAGGGUUAGGAUGAUUGAGAUUGUUUAAAAAAAAAAGAUKUUAACAACCAACCUUGAUGUACAUUCCAGUGUUUACUUGAAAAGCCACAGUAUGUAUUUAUCUGUAGCAAAAAAAAAGAAAAGAAAAAAUACUGCCUAUGAUAUUAAAGUCCAUUGUGAUGUGAAAGUGUA